ACAUCUCCCUUUUCACGACGGACAAAACCAACGCCCGUGUUGAGCAGCAAAACAUAUGCGUUGCGUACGACCUGUUAUUUUCUCUAAACGUUCGUAAUAUUACCGAUGGAGGACGAAGAAUUAGCCAUGAAAACUGCAAAAAGGCGAGAGCGUCAAUCAGGUCCAGGCAGCGCUUUACAUGAUGCAGAAGCUUUGGAGAGUGGAGACUCUGACAUUGGCUUCUGUGGAUGGCUCUUGGUGGGGAUGUCUCUUCUUCUCAUGGUGGUCACACUGCCUCUCUCCAUAUGGAUGUGCAUCAAGAUUGUGAAGGAAUAUGAGCGAGCUAUUAUUUUCCGCCUGGGACGUCUUCUGCGAGGAGGAGCCAAAGGACCAGGUUUGUUCUUCAUCUUGCCGUGCACUGACAGCUUUAUUAACGUGGACAUGCGAACCAUCACCUUCGACAUCCCACCACAAGAGGUUCUGACAAAAGACUCCGUGACAGUGAGUGUGGAUGGCGUAGUGUACUACCGGGUUCAGAAUGCUACUCUGGCCGUGGCCAACAUAACUAACGCUGAUGCCGCGACACGCCUGUUGGCCCAGACCACACUGAGGAAUGUCCUCGGUACUAAGAACCUGGCGGAGAUCCUUUCGGACCGUGAAGAAAUUGCACACAGCAUGCAGUCCACUCUGGAUGACGCUACUGAUGACUGGGGUAUCAAGGUGGAGCGAGUGGAAAUCAAAGAUGUCAAGCUGCCGCUGCAGCUCCAGAGGGCCAUGGCAGCCGAGGCUGAGGCCACUCGGGAGGCCCGAGCCAAGGUUAUUGCCGCAGAGGGCGAAAUGAACGCCUCGCGGGCGCUGAAGGAGGCGUCGCUGGUGAUUGCAGAAUCUCCGUCUGCCCUGCAGCUGCGCUACCUGCAGACCCUGAACACCAUCGCUGCUGAGAAGAACUCCACCAUAAUUUUCCCUCUGCCUCUGGAGAUGAUGCAGGGCUUUAAUAAACACUAGGCAUGACAUGGAAACAUCCACCGAACGAGCAUUAGCACCGAAAACAAGAACGUGACCUACCACUGAUGCAUUUUUUUUUUUUUUAUGUAACGCCUGAUGCUGCAACCACUGCCAGCGUGAAUUUUUAAUUAUCAAUUUUUAUUUCAUAGUAAUUACUUUAACAUGCACUCUGUCUGCAUCACUGCAUGUUUUUACUACUUUUAAUUUUAACCUGGUUAGAAGGCUACAUCCAAUACCAGAAGGGGAAAAAACUAUUCUCACUGUUUUACUGUCUGGUUGAUUUUCAAAUUAAUUUCUUGUACAAGCAAUGAAUUAAACCUCUCAGGCUGAAAAGAAUAGCCAAUAAAACAUGAAGCUUACGCAGUGAACUAGAUGCCACUGUGUUGUUUAGCAACUUGGUCCAAAUGCUGCCAGCAGGGAAAGGGCAAGAAUUUUUGGCACUAUGAGACCGGAAACAAGUUUAUUUUGCACAAUGGUGCAAUUAAAAUUGCACUAUUUAGUGAAAAAUAUAAGUGUUUUAGUAUGUAAGUGGACCUAACUAGGUUUUUACACCACCGUGCCAUCAGCUGGAACACCCUUGCCCUUAAUCCAUGUUAUAUUACCACAAAUAAAUUGUCACCUCUAAAAUAUUAUUCAGUUUAAGAUCUAUAACAUGUUUUUUAAUGAUAAAACACAAAAAGAGCUAAUACUAAUCUUCAUAAAGUCUUUAAAUAUGCUAUUAGUAUAUAGUAUAGAUUAAGAAUUCAAAGAAUGCUAUACAUGUAACCGUGCCAUUUUCCAGAAUGCAAGUGUUUUUCUUGCUACAGUGAACUCCUGUUUAUGUUUAAAUUUUAAUAG